UUGACGCACUUCACUCCACUCGACUGUGCAUCUCAGGCAUCGCUGUCAGGAAUACCCAGAGGAGAGGGAGACGCGCUGAUAGAUUUUUUGGGGGGGAAACUGCAUCAAGUGAACACUGUUUAACGAAGAAGCAAAAGAGACAAGAGGAAAAGGUGGACACACGACUGUCCGGGACGCAAGUGGUUAAAAGCUUGCUGCGUAAAGCUGCGGUUGUAGUUAGAGCGACUUGUUUGGGAGUUUGGUGUGAUUUCCCCACACUUUAGACUUUACAGACGGUUAAUUAACGCAGUUUGGAGUAGUUCGUCAAGCUGGCCACUGCUCAUUUUGCUGUAGGGCUUUUGUAGCCCGGGAGACCCUCUUGUACUUUGGACCUGGUUGUGUGUAAAGACUCACGUAGACGUAUAGCAGAGCCGUUGCAGGAGGUGCAUGUGAUGCUGAAGCGUGCGAAGAUUGAGUGAAAUUGUUCAUCUCGCUUUAUUGUCUGUGUUGUAAGAUCGCCCCCAAGACUGAAGACUGACAGCCUGCACCUUUUCUUUGUUGUCACCAUCGUGCAAGGACUAUGUUGAUGAAGGAGUACCGCAUCUGCAUGCCUCUCACAGUGGAGGAGUACCAGAUUGGACAGCUGUACAUGAUCAGCAAACACAGCCAUGAACAGAGCGAACGCGGGGAGGGGGUGGAGGUGGUCCAGAACGAGCCGUAUGAUGACCCUGAGCACGGAUCAGGACAGUUCACUGAGAAAAGAAUCUACCUCAACAACAAACUUCCAAGCUGGGCCAGAGCGGUGGUCCCGAAAAUAUUCUACGUCACAGAGAAGGCUUGGAACUAUUACCCGUACACAAUCACAGAGUACACGUGCUCCUUCCUGCCCAAGUUUUCCAUCCACAUCGAGACCAAAUACGAGGACAACAAAGGCAGCAAUGACAAUAUCUUCAACAACGAGCUCAGAGAGGAGGAGACAGAGGUGUGCCUGGUGGACAUCGUCUACGACGAGAUCCCUGAGCGCCACUACAAGGAGUCCGAGGACCUGCGUUAUUUUAAGUCGAAGAAGACGAGCCGAGGCCUCCUGCAGGAAGGAUGGAUCAACAGCCAGGAGCCCAUCAUGUGCUCCUACAAACUGGUCACCGUGAAGUUUGAAGUCUGGGGGCUGCAAACACGAGUGGAGCAGUUUGUGCACAAGGUGAUUCGAGAUGUCCUACUUUUAGGACACAGACAGGCCUUUGCCUGGGUGGAUGAGUGGAUUGACAUGACCAUGGAGGAGGUCCGGGAGUUCGAGCGGGCCACGCAAGAAGCCACCAACCUGAAGAUCGGCACGUUCCCCCCGACCAUCUCCAUCUCAGAGACCCCGCUGCCGUCCUGCGCCCGCAGCGGCCCCAACAGCGCCCCGUCCACCCCGCUCUCCACAGAAGCCCCCGAGUUCCUGUCGGUGCCAAAGGAGCGUCCCAGGAAGAAGUCCGCCCCCGAGACCCUGACCCUGCCCGACCCGGGCCGCAGGGAUUCGCUCUUCAAACUGCCGAGCUUUUUCUCCUGGAACUCCAGUCCGCAGCCUGAAUGAGAGCGAAGAAGGUUCAGACGCCUGUGAACCCCCCCUGUCCAAUCAGUAGAGGAUGCCUGCCCAGCACAUCCCACAAAUGCCCCCUCAAGCCAGCGGAAGUGAAGGAGACGUUUUCACUGUCCUGGUGAUCCCCAGCUCCCACAGACCCGCCUGUGUUACUGCAAAGCUCUCAGACUACCUGUACAGGUGCACACAGGAAGACUGAACCCAAAACUCAGUGAGGGUAGAGAUAUAAAGUCCCCCUGAGAGUUCAACUAAAGCAGACAGAGGCUCCAACUUCUUAAACAAAAACAGCCAGGAUCAUCCGUCAAAUACAAACCCUGCUUUCACACACGUUUGGACGCUGUGUACAAUGUAAAUAGAAACACAUCAUGUCCCGGAAUUCUUUGCAAUUUCACUAUUUUCCUAUAAAGCUGGGAAAUUUAAAAAACACAAUGUGAUGAUUUGCAAAACAGUGAGGCCCCAUAUGAUAUUGGAAAAAGCACCGUCAGAUGUUUAAAUAUAUCGCUUUUGGAUUUUUACAUUUCCAAUUUAAAUUUGAUGCAGACAAAAUGUGUUGUAAAAAGUUGGGACGGGGUCAUGUUAGCCCUCUCUGGUGCAGCUUUAAAAAACACUUUGUAAGAGGAGACCACUUUCUAUCAUUUAAAAGCUGAAUGUUUCACCGUUCCUUGCUUCAUUUCAGGGUCUCCUUUGACUUAUCUGUAGCUUCAUAAUUGCUCCAAACGUUUUAAAUAGGACACAAGUCAGGACUACAGGAAGUCCAGCUGAUCACCUGAACUCUCUUACUGUGGAUUCACAUCUUGCACAACGUCACAGCUGUACUUUGAGAAACAUUAUUCUUGAAUUGUUUCACCUUUUUUUUCCAGUUCAGUCAUUCACAGCGUAGUGAGUCGUUCCCCAUCUUUACUUCAGAGCGACUCGGCCUCUAACGUGAUGCUCUCUUUACACCCCCGUCAUGUAACUGACCUUAGAAACUGUGAAAUGUUUUAUCUGCUGUUUCUUUAAGCAUUUCACAGCGUUUCUGGUCUUUGUUGCCACUCUCCAAACUUUACUGAAACGGUCGCUGGCGUCAAAUUCAAAAUGCUCAUUUCAUUUCCUAAAAAACAUGAAACAUCUCAGUACUGAUGAGCAACAGGACC